GGACAUAGUUUUAGUUUUGAAAAGAGCAAAACACCAAAACACCGUGUGAAGUCUUCAAGUGUUCUACUUCUGGUAGGUGGAAGGUUUCGCACAUUCGAACACAUCUACACCUGCCCACACUUGUGUUUACGAUAAACGGCUUCCUAUGUAAAGCUUUUAGUCCUGCUAAAAGAGCGAGCGACAGAUAGACAGACGUGUGUCGCCUUUACAUCAGCGAGUGUCGUUGCUGGUUUGUAUGUAUGUUCAUCAUUUUUCGGGAUGUGAUCGAUUUUCAGCGGAUUUUUCUGCAUUGACUUGCUGAGGUACAUGUACUACAGUGAGCGAGCUUUAUGGGGCUGUUUGCUCACAUUGUGAAAGCCACACAACCUGAGUGGAGUUCACCAUGAGUGCUGACCUCUGAAAGUGGGUCAGGGCUUGCAUCACAGCCUGGUACAUCUGGUACACCUGUAGUGUGCCAAGAACACUUAUGUAGGUCGAAUGGGAUUUCAUUGAGUGUUACAGGAUAUAAAUAACAACCAGGGUGUAGUCUUCCUAAACUUCACUCUUCACAAAUCCUCAGACAGUGGAAGGAGGAAUCUGAAAUUCUGUAAAAAGAAAAGAUGGAAGCUUUUUUGGGAAAGUGGCAAGUGAUCAACAGUGAGUCGAAAGGUUUGGACGAAUAUUUCAGCAAAAAUGACACGCCGGCGGAGGAUCGCUAUGCUCUGACCAGCACACCCUGGACUCAGUCCUUUCUCAAGGAUGGGGACCAGUGGGUCAGCGAGACAGCCUUUGGUGACCUCAAGGAAACGUUCAAGUUCAAACUGGGACAGGAAGUGACGUACAAGACACUGAGUGGAGAAACUGUAGUGGCGACCUUCAACAUAAAGGACAACAAGGUGGUUGGUUCAGGAACUGAGGGAGGAAAACCCGUUUCCUCUUGCGAUUCUAUAGUCGACGGCAAACUCCAGAUAACUUUUACAAAGGGUGGUGUUACCGCCAAGUUCCUUCUACGAAAAGUGUGAGCUGCUCUUGCUGUUCAUGUGUGGGCGGCGACUACCAGUCCGUACAUGACCCAUACAGUCCAUAUCACUCGUCGCACACAUGAGAACCACAUUUGAUGGUAUCUAAAACUGUUAUUAAAAACGCAUAAUAAAAGUUCAUUUUGAAUAUUAA